ACUUCGCAGUACAGAGUCUGUACAGCCUUUGAGCUGAUCCACGUGGAGUGCGACCAGUCUCACUUUUUAUCCGCGUGCGCAGCAGCGGCGGCCAGCAGUGCUCAAUUCACUCACAACAAUGGCGUCCGCGGAUAUAAAGCGCAAAUUCUCGUAUUCUGUACCCGUCGUCGACGAUUCGUUACAAGGCACGUCUCUGAAGAACCCCGUCGAGUCGAAGGCCUGUACUAUUGCGCGUUGGAUGAAGCAAAGAAUCUCGAACUCGACUCUCGUUGGAAGUCUUUCUUCGAGACUAGGAUGGGUAUUUGUCUACGGUAUAGCACUCACUGCAUUCACGAUUUACCGCUGCACAGCACUGUAUGGUUUGAACAAAAUGUACGGCACCUCCAAGCAUGCUAAACUCGGUGUAGUGCUUCGAGCUUUGCUUCUCGGGUUUCUGGAAGACUUCGUGUGUGCGACGUAUUUCGCCUGCUUUCUGUGGCCAUUCGACACAUUUGCAAAGGUUUCUACCACCCAGCUCUCCAGGGCUGCAAGACUAGCUAGUAAAGUUCUGAAUUUCACGAUGUCGUGGCUGCUCUUCGUGGCGAUGAUGGUGCCCUUCAUAGCGGAUGCGGUCAUUGUUCGUCUUCGCUACAUGCGCUUCACGUUUGAUCUGGUUUCGAUGGCUAUUGACGAAAAGGACCACAUAAAGGCCGUUGCAGUAUCGAACUCAGAGGUGACUGAUACGUAUUUGAACGUGGCGGCACUGGUGACUGUGGCUACACUAUUCGCCACUGUGCGUACGUGGGCUCCAUGGGCUGACCUCUCGAGCAGGGAUGCAACGCAGAGGCCACUGCUUUGCGUUAAUUCACGAGCACGGCAUACAUACUGCACUCCUGAGAGUCGAACCGAUGAAAACGAUAGCGUUCCAGACAUGGAGAGUCCCAACGAAAAAGCCCAGUUGGUCCCGAUGCACAAAAUCUCGGUUAAAAUGGAUAAAGAUGUCACCAAUUCUUUGCAGUACUCUAUCGUUGCAAUCGACGAAGUGGUAGAGACUGAUACCAUCGAUGACAGUGAUGAUAAGCUGGUUACGCUCAGUCGUGUGAGCCCAAAUGCUGUCUCCCGCGAGUUCUGGAUACGAAGUACAAAGUUGCUCAUCGGGUUGGUUUUGUUUCCCAUGUUUGUGGUGGCACUCAGUCGUGCAAGUUCUCCUAUCAUUUCAUACACGGCUUUAAACACGACGCUAAACGAGCUGCUCAACCACGUCUUGGAGCCAACAAUGGGUGGCAAUUCAGCCUUUGAAGAUGCUAAUGGCCUCGGGGUCGAAUCUUUUAUCGACGACAGUGAAGAGCACACGCUCUUUGGCAAUGGAACUUUGUAUCGACGUACGACGGGGUUUCGAGGAGACCUCGCCUUCAACGUCAGUGUUAGCGACCAAGACCCACCCAAUGUCCUAGUUAUCGCGGUCGAAUCGUUCCGGUAUCAUGACUCUCACUACCUUGUGGGUGAUGAAGACCCGUCCAAUUUGUUCAAGGGCAGCAGCACCACGAUCACUCCAAACUUCGACAAAUGGGCCAAAAGAGGCAUCGCACUUCGAAAUUUUUGGUCCAGUUGGCGCACAAGUCGAUCCGUCGAGAGUCUCAUGUUCGGGCAGUUGCCAUACGAUAGUGUGACCAGAUCCGGGACGACGGGAGGCCGACGUGGCACAAAGUUAUCUGGAUUACCCCAACUCUUCAAAGCGAAAGGUUACGAGACGUUCUUCACGACGGGGUGUGUGACUGACUACGACAACUGGGACUUCUUCCUUCCUGCCCAUGGCUUCGACACAGUGUGGAGCCGCGACAAGAUGCAAAAGCUCGCAGAAACUGAUUUAGGGAUCAACUCUAGUGACUGGGAAGGGCCAGCACAGCGCGCACUCGAGUGGGGGGUUCACGACGAUCUGAGCUUCCAACUUCUUGGCGACUUAAUGGUGAACAAGACGAAGGCUCAACGGGAUCGAGUGCUAAAAGGAGAAGCAAAGAAGCCCUUGUUUCUCAAUCACUACACGAUUUCAAGUCAUGUCAACUAUAAAGAGCGUCCCAAGUGGUAUGAGGAAGCUGAAAAACCUGCUUUUUCGGCGUUGUAUCGGGGUCGAAAGUACGCAAAUAACAUCAAAAACUACCUCGAAAUGCGGUACUUCACGGACAUGGAGUUCGGCAAAUUCAUGGACAGGAUGGCUCAAAGUGGGAUCUUGAACGACACCAUCGUAGUUAUCUCGGGAGACCACGGCCAGGCCCCAGAAUUUGGCAACAACGUGCCCGACGAUCGAGACGUUUCGGCAACUCGUGUGGCUGGAGCGAUAGUUGCUGAAGGACGUCUAGGUGACGCUGCGGGGAUGAUAAUUGACGAUGCCACGGAGCAAUACGAUAUCCUCAGCACACUGGCGGACAUCACUGGAGUACCUGAAGGUGGUUUCGAACAGGAUGGCGUUGGUCGGUCUCUCAAGCGUAAAAUUAAGUUUGGGGAACGCGUCGUGUACAGUAACAACCCCAGCCGGAAGAUGUCAGUUGUACGAGGUCAUUUGCGUCUGCGGUAUGAUAAAGUGACGGAUUCGAUGAUGCUGCACGAUGUUGAUAAGGACCACGACAUGAAGAAAGACUUGCUACCAGAGCUCACAGCUGACGAGCGAUCGGAAUGGACGAAGUGGCGAGAUGCUGGACGCCAAGUCAACUCUUACUACACGGAGCGCUGGGUAGGCAAAUGUCUGCUUGCAGCGGGUUGCUGAAAUGAAGGAUAGACCUGUAGAUUGCACACACAUGACGAAAUGCACAUAAGUCUUCUGUUUAUGAUUAUUAGUACUGUACUUGAUAAUAUCCACUUCGCACCUUCAACUAAAAAAAAGGUUGUAGCUCACAUUUUCACAUCAG